AAGCGUAAACACAGAUCACGGUUAGCUCAUUAGCUUCCCCGCAGUUAGCUUCUUGGUGGUUGUAGUUGUAUUGUGAAGUCACUAAGCUGAGUUUAGUUUUAGUUGCUGCUCGCUACGGUCACAUAAAGUUCUGCUAGUCUAGCUAACCCAGACGGUUGCGUUCAUUAUUAGCUAGCUAACGAAAACUCGCUUACGCGUGAACGGAGGAUUUGUAUUUUGUGAAAUUAAGCCAAGUGGACCAUCAUGUCUGACGUGGACGAAGACACAGUCGUGUCGGAUGUAGAUGGAGAGGAGGAAACUCUUAAAGUGGGGAGAGAGGACGAGAAGGUGCAGGUUUGCAAUCUUACCCAGGAAACCAUAAGUGAGGGGCUGUCGUUGCUGUGCAGAACAGGAAAUGGACUUAGACAUGCAUUUGUCAAACUGGACUUAAAAGACAAAGGACUGAAUGACAUAGCUGCAAUUAGCAGCUUCGUUCACCUUCGUUUCCUGGAUAUGUCCAAUAACCACCUCACUGAUCUGUCCCCUCUGGCAUCUCUGAUCCAUCUGCUGUGGCUGAAGGUUGACAAUAAUGCUAUUGCAUGCUUCAAAGGAAAUCCUUUCACUCAGUUAAGCUACCUGCAGUGGCUGAGUGUGGCUGUCAACCGGCUCACAGACCUAGACGGCCUAGUUGGACCUUCUUUAGAGAGCCUCAAUCUUAAAGGUAACGGUAUUAAGACAGUGAAGAGCCUUCAGCAGGGCUGUUUUGGCAACCUGGCAACUCUAGAGCUGAGAGGAAACCACCUCGAAACCACUCAUGGCAUUAACCUUCCAAACCUGCAACGAUUAUAUCUGGCCCAAAAUGUAAUCAAACGUCUGGAGGGUUUGGAGAGGUUAGAGCACCUGACCACCCUUCAUCUGAGAGACAACCAACUGGAAUCUCUGGAUGGUCUCAGCCCCAACAUGAAGUGUCUUAAAUACCUCAAUGUCAGAGGCAAUGCAAUCUUAGAUGAGAAUGGCCUACGGGGCCUUGGGCUUGUGUCAAAAACCCUGCGUGCUCUGGUGAUUUCUAACAACCCGCUGGUGGAAACAACAGACUCCCGAAUAAGUGUGCUGCUUCUUGUUCCGCAGCUGGAGCGAAUUGACAAAGAUCCUGUCUCCGCUGAGGAGAGGACUGAGGCCCAGGAGAGAAUGAAGGAACUUCAAGAAGAGGAAAUACCUGAACCUUGAGAUUUGCAACAAUAGCCUAAAUGAGGAAGUGUUUGACUUCCUUGACUUUCUUGAAAAGACAGGUGGAUGGGUGACUGUGAACUUGAAGUAUUCUGUAAAGUAUAU